AUUGCGCCGCACGCGCGCGCAGGUGCGUGAGGCCGCGCCCGCUCGGGACCCUGCAGUCGCGGGCCCGCCAUGGAGCACAUCCGCACGCCCAAGGUGGAAAAUGUGCGCUUGGUAGACAGAGUGUCUUGUAAGAAGGCAGCACUGGGAACUUUGUAUCUGACGGCCACUCACGUCAUCUUCGUGGAAAAUGCACCUGACACAAGAAAAGAAACCUGGAUUCUGCACAGUCAGAUCUCCACCAUUGAAAAGCAGGCGACAACAGCUACGGGCUGCCCUCUGCUUAUUCGCUGCAAGAACUUCCAGAUCGUACAGCUUGUCAUACCCCAGGAGAGAGACUGCCACGACGUGUACAUCUCUCUGAUACGCCUUGCACGGCCAGUGAAAUACGAGGAGCUCUACUGCUUUUCCUUCAAUCCCAAGCUGGAUAAGGAAGAACGGGAGCAGGGCUGGUUGCUGGUUGACCUUAGUGAAGAAUACAAGCGGAUGGGCCUCCCUGAUAAUUAUUGGCAGCUCAGCGAUGUGAAUAGAGACUACAGAGUUUGUGACUCUUACCCCACGGAACUGUACGUCCCCAGAUCGGCCACGGCACACAUCAUCGUGGGCAGCUCCAAGUUCCGGAGCAGACGGCGAUUUCCUGCCCUUUCCUACUACUGUAAAGAAAGCCAUGCCUCCAUCUGCAGGAGCAGCCAGCCCCUUUCCGGCUUCAGCGCUCGGUGCCUGGAGGAUGAGCAGAUGCUCCAAGCCAUCAGGAAAGCCAAUCCUGGCAGUGACUUCAUUUAUGUCGUGGACACAAGGCCUAAACUUAAUGCGAUGGCAAAUCGUGCUGCAGGGAAAGGCUAUGAGAAUGAAGACAAUUAUUCCAAUAUCAAGUUUCAGUUUAUCGGCAUAGAGAACAUCCACGUCAUGAGGAACAGUCUUCAGAAAAUGCUGGAAGUGUGUGAACUUAAAUCUCCCUCUAUGAGUGAUUUCUUGUGGGGGCUGGAGAACUCAGGCUGGCUAAGGCACAUCAAAGCCAUCAUGGAUGCAGGGAUCUUCAUUGCAAAGGCAGUGUCAGAGGAAGGGGCAAGUGUGCUUGUCCACUGUUCUGAUGGCUGGGACAGAACGGCCCAGGUGUGCUCGGUGGCAAGCCUGCUGCUGGACCCUUACUACCGGACUCUGAAAGGGUUCAUGGUAUUAAUUGAAAAGGACUGGAUUUCCUUCGGACAUAAAUUUAAUCAUAGAUAUGGCAACUUAGAUGGUGACCCAAAAGAAGUCUCCCCAGUAAUCGACCAGUUCCUUGAGUGUGUCUGGCAGCUAAUGGAGCAGUUCCCUUGCGCCUUUGAGUUCAACGAGAGGCUUCUGACUCACAUCCAGCACCAUGUUUAUUCCUGCCAGUUUGGGAACUUCCUGUGUAAUAGCCAGAAGGAGAGGCGAGAACUCAGGAUUCAAGAAAGAACCUACUCUUUGUGGGCAAACCUGUGGAAGAGUCGAGCUGACUACCUCAAUCCUCUGUUUAGAGCUGACCACAGUCAGACCCAGGGGAGCCUUCAUCUGCCCACAGCUCCAUGCAACUUCACCUAUAAGUUUUGGAAUGGGAUGUAUAACCGCUUUGAAAAGGGGUUGCAGCCUCGACAGUCUGUUACAGAUUACCUCAUGGCUGUGAAGGAGGAGUCGCAGCAGCUGGAGGAAGAACUGGAGUCUCUAGAAGAAAGGCUGGAAAAAAUUCAGAAAGUCCACUUAAAUGGCACCAAAGUGAAGAGUAAGCAAGGUGAGCCCAGCAGGCACUCGGGGUUCUCCACCUCAGACAACAGCACAGCCAACACGCCUCAGGAUUACAGUGGCAACAUCAAGUCCUUCCCAUCCAGGAGCCCUUCCCAGGGGGAUGAAGACUCUGCUCUCAUUCUAACCCAAGACAAUUUAAAAAGCUCAGACCCUGAUCUCUCAGUGAAUAGUGAUCAAGAGUCUGGGGUGGAGGAUCUGAGCUGUCGAUCUCCCAGUGGUGGUGAGCAUGCACCCAGCGAAGACAGCGGCAAGGACCGGGACUCUGACGAAGCUGUGUUUCUCACUGCCUGAAGUUCCCCUUUGGAGUUCCAAAGUAAAAGACACAGAAACACUUUCAAAUUAAGGGGGAAAGUGCAAUUCGUAGUUAAAAUGUUGAGAAAUGGCAAGUUCCAUCCAGAACCAUAAAAUUACAGCUGUGAAAAUGGAAAAAAAAAAAAAAAAAAAAAAGAAAAGCUCUUUAUCAAUAGCCAGUUCUUUUAUCAAAUCAUAUUGAAGACUGAUCAUCAUUCCUGAGGCUCAUGCUAGACUAUGAAAAUUAUAUUCACUAUAAGGAGAGCAUCUUCACCCAAGGAUGUCCAGACAGUCUUCCCUGGCAUAGCAUGUCUCUGCUUAUAAAAGCCCUCCUGUUUUCUCCCAUACCUGAUGAUGUUUGGACUUUUAUUUCACUUCCAGAUGCAGGUUGCAUCAUCAGGAACAUUUGACAUUUCCUUCUGCCUUUACCAAUAUUAAAAAAAAAUAAAUACUGAGAGUACCCUU